AUGGAGCAAGAGAAAUAUUUACCCGAGCUGAUGGCUGAGAAGGAUAGCUUAGACCCGUCCUUUGUUCAUGCAAUGCGCCUUUUGGCGGAAGAAAUUGAAAAGUUCCAGAGUUCUGAUGAGAAAAAGGAGGAUGAAGAGAAGAAAUAUCUUGAUGUCAUCAGCAAUAAAAAUAUAAAGCUGUCAGAAAGAGUAUUGAUUCCCGUCAAACAAUAUCCAAAGUUUAAUUUUGUGGGCAAACUCCUUGGUCCAAGAGGAAAUUCCUUAAAAAGAUUACAAGAGGAAACAGGUGCAAAAAUGUCUAUCCUUGGUAAAGGUUCGAUGAGAGACAAAGCCAAGGAAGAAGAACUAAGAAAAAGUGAGGAAGCCAAAUAUGCACACUUGAGUGAUGAACUACAUGUAUUAAUUGAAGUGUUUGCCCCUCCUGGAGAAGCUUAUUCACGGAUGAGUCAUGCCCUGGAAGAAAUUAAAAAAUUUCUUGUUCCAGACUAUAAUGAUGAAAUCCGCCAAGAGCAAUUGAGAGAAUUGUCGUAUUUAAAUGGUUCAGAGGACUCACCUCGUGGGCGAAGUAUUCGAGGAAGAGGAAUUCGGGUUCCUCCUGCAGCUCCUUCAAGGGGGCGUGGGAGUGCCAUCCCUCCACCACCACCCGGACGAGGAGCUCCAGUAGCAAGAGGAACACCAGUGUCCCGUGGAGUACUUCCAGUCCCACCCACCACCAGAGGGGUCCCCACCCCUCGAGCCAGAGGAGUUCCAGCAGUACCAGGUUACAGGGCCCCCCCUCUACCAGCACAUGAAUCUUACGAAGAAUACAGUUCAGUAUUCCUUGUAUUGUUCUUUAUUACAAUGGUCCAAUCUCAUUCAGGAUACGAUGAUAGAUAUGGGGGUGAAUAUGAUGAGCCAAGUUAUGAAGCCUAUGAUAACAGCUAUACUACACAAACACAGAAUCUGCCUGAAUAUUAUGACUAUGGUCAUGGAACAAGUGAAGAUGCCUAUGACAGCUAUGCUCAAGAAGAAUGGACCAUAAGUCGUCCCAGCCUAAAAGCUCCAACUCCCAGGUCAACCAGGGGGAGUUACAGGGAACAUCCCUAUGGUAGAUAUUGA